CCGGCCAGUGCUUUUUUUUUUUUCCUCUCUCUCUUCCCCCGGUACAAUACAAGAUCUUCCUUCCUCAGUUCCCUUAAAUCACAGUCCAGGGAAACCUCCUCAGAGGCUCCGCACAGUCACGCGCCAGCAUGUCUGGGGGCAAAUACGUAGACUCCGAGGGACAUCUCUACACGGUUCCCAUCCGGGAACAGGGCAACAUCUACAAGCCCAACAAUAAGGCCAUGGCCGACGAGGUGAACGAGAAGCAAGUGUAUGACGCGCACACCAAGGAGAUCGAUCUGGUCAACCGCGACCCUAAGCAUCUCAACGACGACGUAGUCAAGAUCGACUUUGAAGAUGUGAUCGCAGAACCAGAAGGAACACACAGUUUCGACGGCGUCUGGAAGGCCAGCUUCACCACCUUCACUGUGACGAAAUAUUGGUUUUACCGUCUGCUGUCUACCCUCUUUGGCAUUCCGAUGGCGCUCAUCUGGGGCAUUUACUUUGCCAUUCUCUCUUUCCUACACAUCUGGGCAGUUGUGCCCUGCAUUAAGAGCUUCCUGAUUGAGAUUCAGUGUAUCAGCCGAGUCUAUUCCAUCUACGUCCACACCUUCUGUGAUCCGCUCUUUGAAGCUAUUGGCAAAAUAUUCAGCAAUGUCCGCAUCAGCACACAGAAAGAAAUAUAAAUGACGAUUCAAGGGUAGAAAGAGUCCUGAUUCUCUUGUUUUCCUUUUAAUUUUCCUGGUGCCAAUUCCAAGUUUCAAGUUGCUAAUGCAGCAACAGUUUAUAAAUGAUGUAUCUUGGUUCAGAACAAAGAAAUCACUUUUCAGUUUUCAUAGCCAUUAUUUGUCUCUUCCGAGUUAUUUCGUUUAUUUUUGGCAGGUUGCAUGUCUUAAAGCCAAGCCAACUUUUUUUUUCUUUUCCUUACCUUUUGAUUUGUAUGGAGAUUACUGUUUUGUUGGCUGGAAUAUGAGCAUAUUGUUGAAAGAUAAUUUGAAAGAGAUAAUGAAGAACUGAG